GCAGAGGGAGGCCGUGAUUGAACUUUUUUUGUCCAAGCCUGUGACACGAUCACAUAUUUAACAGCACGCUUUUCUCCCCAGCCUGACUGAGGGGAGGUAGAGGUAGUGGCUUCUUGACUACUGACAGCAAAGCUCCUGGCACAGUUCUGCUUUCCUGGGAUCGACGGGCCUUAGGACUCUGCCUACUCCAGGAGGAGGAGGGAAAAUGACCACAUUCAAUGAGAUGGUGACGUUUAAGGACGUGGCUGUGGUCUUCAGUGGGGAGGAGCUGGAGCUGCUAGACUCUGCCCAGUGGAAGCUCUACCAAGAUGUGAUGCUGGAAAACUUCAGGAACCUGCUCUCAGUGGAUACAUUCCACUUGAUAAGGAAAGAGAAGUUUUGGAUGAUGAAGACAGCUACCCAAAGAGAAGGGAAUUCAGGAGGCAGGAUCCAAACUGAACUAGAGACUUUUCCAGAAGCAGGACCACAUGAAGAGUUAUCUUGGCAGCAAAUCUGGGAACAAAUUGCAAGUGACUCAACCUUCAGUCAAGACUCAAGUAUUCGCAGCUCUCAGUUCCCCAGCCAAGGUGGCUCACUGUGCCAGGACGGGCCAGGAUUAUUUCUAAUUGACACAAGAAAGAAAGUUUACCUGGAUGAUGAGUGUAAGCAGUCCCUCAGUGAUGUCUCCAACUUUGACCUUCAAUGGUUAUACUCAGGAGGCAAGUCUCAUAGAUGUCUUGAGUGUGGAAAAAGCUUCAGUUGUAGCUCAGGCCUUCGUAUUCAUCAGAGAAUUCACAUGGGAUUGAAUUGCUAUAAGUAUGAUGAGUGUGGAAAGGAAUUGAGUCAGAGAUCCUCCUGGCUGCAAACUCAUCAGAAUGUGCAUACUGUAGAGAAACCAUUCAAAUGUGAGCAGUGUGGGAAAGGCUUCAGUCGUAAAUCUGUGCUUAAUGUUCACUGCAAAUUACACACAAGAGAGAAACCUUACAAAUGUGAGGAAUGUGGACAGGCCUUCAUUCAUGAUUCACAGCUGCAGGAACAUCAGAGAAUCCACUCUGGGGAAAAACCAUUCAAGUGUGACGUAUGUGGUAAGAACUUCUGUGUUAAAUCAACACUUCACAGGCAUUUCUUGGUGCAUACAGGAGAGAAACCAUUCAGAUGUGACACGUGUGGUAAGAGGUUUCGUCGGAAAUCAGCCCUUAAUAGACACUACAUGGUCCAUACAAGAGAGAAGCAAUAUAAAUGUAAGGAGUGUGGGAAUAAUUUCAUUGAUAGGCGAGAGCUUUAUAAGCAUCAGAUGGUUCACACAGGAGAGAAACCCUAUAAUUGUGAAGAAUGUGGGAAGAGGUUUAGAUGGUCCUCCUACCUUUUGAACCAUCAGCGAGUCCACAGAGGAGAAAAACCAUUUAAGUGUGAAAAGUGUGGGAAGAGCUUUACUCAGAAUUCAUAUCUUCAUUGCCAUCUGAGGGUGCACUCCAGAGAAAAGCCCUACCGAUGUUAGGAGUGUGGUAAGUGCUGCAACUAGAAAUGUAGUCUAGACACGUAUGUGAGAUUCCACACAGGAGAAAGAUCCUAUGCUAAUAAGGAAUGUGGGAAGAGGUAUUUCUGGGACUCCAGUCUGUUGACACAUCAGAGACUACAGUAGAGACAAACAAUUCAAAUAUGAGUGUGUGGGAAGAGAUUUAUUCAGAAUUCACAACUUCCUUUCCAUCAGAGAGUCCAUAAUGGAGAAAAGUCAUGAAAGUGUGAGGAGUGUGGGAAGAGCUUCAGAUAGGCAUAGACUCAUUUGACCCAUUAGAGACUCCUCAAUAGAGCAGAACCAUGCAAUUGUGAAGACUGUGGGAAGAGCUUUGGACACACUUCAUACAUUAAAGACCAAGAGAAAGUCCACAGUAGAUAAAUGCCUUAGAAAUCAAGGACUGUGGGAAGAGAGAAGCCAAGCAGGAGAGAAGCCAAGCGGGUAUGGAGAGUGAGGUAAUUGCUUUGGUCAUCCCUGAGAUUUCAACUGCAUUAGAGCACCCCUCAACCCCUGAGAAUUACCUUGGAAAUGAGAUGCGUGUGGUGAUGUUUUGUUUGUUUGUUGUUUUCUUAAUAUAUAUAUACUUUUAGUUGUCAGUGGACCUUUAUUUUAUUUAUUUACACAGUGCUGAGAAUUGAACCCAGUGCCUCACAUAUGCUAGGCAAGUGCUCUACCACUGAGCUACAACCCCAACCUGCGGUGAAGUCUUUAGUCAGUCUUUAUAACUAGUCUCAUUAGAAACCUCAUAAAUGGGGGUGGGGGUGAUAAGCACUCAGUUUAAAUUCAUACCUUAUACUUCAUCAAAAAUCCAUGCUGGUGAAAAAUGUUAUCCGAGGAAAUUUACAAGGGAAACCAUUCAUUAAGAAAUGUUUCACCACAACCAGUGGUCUAAGGACAGCACCCUUCUAAGUGGUGAAGUAAGGGUUUCAUUCAGAAGUUUGACAAUUAUAGUUAUCAUUCAAAGAUAGCCCUUAGGAAAAAUAAGUUGGUUAGGCAUUUACAAAGGUAUAAUGAUUCACAUGUCUACUAGACAUGUCCCUGAGGGCAGGGACUUUGCUACUGAAUCUCCACAACUUUAACAUCGAUUAGCAUUUGGUAGGUGUGUUCAGAACCUAUUUGUUAACGAAUCAAAACUAGAAAACAUACAAUAUUUGAAAAUUGUAUCAAGACGAGGAAACCUGCAGAAAAUAACUUGAAGAACAAACAUGAAUUAAAAUGCAGAAUGCAACUAGUGCUGCAAUUGAGAGCACUAUUUUGGAUAUUAUUACACUUGCCUCCUUCCCUCUCCCCAGUCUCUGAAUCUUUUUAAUUUUUUUCAUAUUACGCCUGAAAGGUUUUGUUAACUGCAAUAACAUACCACUGCUUAUUUUUACAAUUAAAUUUUCAGCACUGUUAGUUCAAGAUUUACAGUAACACUUUGAAAGGCUCUGAUGUAGUUCGUUAAUCCUGAAUUGGUCAUGACUUGUGGUUCUCUGCACUUCUAGGCAGGGUUUGGCAUGAUUGUCUCUGGUGCUGUAGCUUUUUUUUUUUUUUUUAAAUCCAUCUUCUGAGGUCAGAACUAUGCAAAAUUAGAAUGAUAUUUGUCAAACCCCCUACCCCAUAUCUUUCUCUAUCCCUGUGAAAUACAUGCUGAAUAAAAUGGAGUUUGGCAAUUUCAUCGAAUAUAUUUCUUAUUGGGGCAGGAUUAAAAUUAUGUGCUCUUUGUUUGUGGCAGUAAAACUAUGUCUUUUGGAAAGCAGCAUGUUCAGAAUGUACAAUCAGAAAUCAGAGAAUGAGAGGUUAUAAUGACGCUUCAAUACCAACCAGGUAGGGUUUUCCUAAAUGAGAACCAUUUAUUUAGAGAAGAGCAUUUAGUGGAAAUGUGGACGUGCCUAGGAUUUAGGGUUUAGCUGCAGUGAUCACAGAAAGUAUUAUAUUUAUUUAUUUAUUUUUUGAUACUGAGAAUUUAACCCAAGGGUGCUUAACCACUAAGCCCUAUUGAGCCCUAUCUUCCACCCCAUUUUCAUAUUUUAUUUAGUGAAAGGGUCUCACUGAGUUGCUUAGGGCCUUGCUGAGUUACUGAGGCUGGCUUUGAACCUGUGAUCCUCCUGCCUCAACCUCCUGAGCCGCUAGUUUCUAUUUCUUCAGUAAUAUUUCUUCAUUAUAAUAAUCUUUUCCCUUACAUUGUAAAGCACAGUUAUGGAAGUUUUGAAAAAUCUUUGCUAAAGCAUCAGUGGACAACUGCCUUUUUGAGGGUAGUCUGAGACCUGCAGGUCUUUUAAACAAAAGUUUAAAAAAUCCAGCUUCUUUUAAACAAAAAUUAAAGAAAAAUCCUUGCCUCUUAAUUCCAUCUGGAUUCUCAAGGUUGAUAUUCAUUGAUUUGUUUCCCCCUGAUAAUGGUCAUGUUUUUCUGUCUUUCCCUGGGUCAGUAAUUUUGGAUCAUAGCCGGAAAUUGUGAUUAAGAUACUGAGGAUAUCUGAGUUCUAUAAUAUUCCUCCAGAGAGUACUGAUUUUCGUUCUUAAAUCGUAUUUGACAUUUAAAUCAGCUGGCCUCAGACUGAAAGUGCUUCCCACGUGUGGCAGUUCAAAUCUCAAUUAGGUUCUUCACAUUAUUUUGAUUAAAGUCUGUUCUGUUUGCUAGCCAAGGUAUGCGCUAGCUAGAUAUGUGGUGGCAUUUAUACACACAUUUUGGGAAUUCCUCCCUUUGGUUCUCUCUUCCCAGGGUCUUCUCACUACCAAAUUUUCCAUCAUAUUUGCUUGAACUCUUCUGAGUCUUUUUCAGUUGGAAAACUGCAGAUUUCCUCACAGAGUUUUAGUUGCCUUCAGUUUUGCCAAUUGGGACUUGCUCCCAGUCCAUAAAAAGCAGAAAACUCCGUCAUUCACUCCUGACAGUGCUGAAACCACCCAGGGGAUCUGCCUGCACUUGCUCAUUCUCCAGGGCCAUUGGAUACACACCAACACAUAUAUUUUAAAAUAUAGAAAAUAGGUAAGCUUAUCAAGUAUUCUAAUAUUUAGUCUAGAGUUUAUGUAAAGUUGGUAUCUGCUGAAACUUCAGUAUAUCAGGAAUUACUUACUAUAUCAGGAAUGGAACCCCAUAUAAAAGUAUUUAAAAUGCUUCUACCACACUCCUCUUUUGCUCUUUAUAGAGGCUUCCCAACCAUCUCAUGCCGAUUCAUAAACUGUCUCACAGAUGACAAAUUUCAGAUUUGAUCAAUUGUUACAAUUUUUUAAAAACCCAGGAGGGUUGCCAUUACACUGUAGCCUCCUUCUCAUCACCCCUGUAGCAUUCUGAAGACAGACAGACCUGGUAUUGGCACUAGUGUGCACAAAAUGUGUGCAGGCCACAACUGAUCUGAACCACACAGCAUACCUUGCAUCAUCCAACAAACACUCUGGCCCAACUGUCUCUUCUCUGCCUUUUCUAUAAUCACUGGAAAAAUACAUGACCAGCUUUCCUUCUUGCUAGCGUUUCACGUAAGAUGAAGUUCUGGGCAACUGGCAACUUGCUGGCCUUUCCAGGCUUACUGGGGUGGGGGGGGGGAGAUUGGUCAAGAGGACACACAGUGGUAGUGUGAAGAGGUGACAGAUGAUGGAUGCCAUAUGCUUCUAAGUUCAAAGGGGCCUUUAAAAAAAAUAAGAAUGAAAGAGGUGAGCUCCAAGAGGGAAGUGGCAGUUACAGAAUUUGAUUUGUUUGAAAGUGAGAUGACAGUGUAUGGUGUCCAAGGACUGAGAGGCCAUGUUUUAGAUGUUGUACCCUGCAAGUCCUGUGGUAAGAGAAGUGGCAGGGGGGAGAGAAUGAGUGUGGAGAGAAAAUCUGUCAGGGAGGAAAAGGGAGAGUCAGAUUGUUGAUGACUGGAUGGAGAAGAGCAGUGGGCAGUGGGCAGUUUGACAUGAAAAUCCAUGCCAGGGAAGCAGACUUCGAGAAAACAGACAUCCCAUUUCCAGGCCUCGUGCUGAAGGCGUGAGAGAGAAGAUGGAUAUCAGUAUUUCUUCUAAUGAAGUUAUUUAAUAAGGAUGUAAUAAAAAUGAAUAUUGCUGCCCCUAACCUGUGUGGGCAGCUGAACUAAGGGUCGCUGGUGUGAAUUUCCUGGGACACCAAGUAAAACAGACACACACUUUACCUUUAAAUCAAGCUCUCGGCCUCAAGCUCCCCAAAUGGGAGAGUGAGGAAAGUCAGAGAGGCUGGCAAGAGAGAGUGAGCAGUUUUGGAAGUGAGUUUUUAUUGGGGGGACCCUCAUUCUUAGAAAGUUCCAUCCAAAAAGGGUCAGGAGGGGCAGGGUUACAAGGACAGGUGAGUGUAAUUUGACCAGGGGGAUGCAGGACAGCACGCCUACGCCUGAAGACACAUCCUCUACCUCGAGGAUUGGGGCAAUGUCCAGAUCACUGCAAAAGUGACUGACAGAGCCUCUCUGAUCACGGGAAGGAAAAUGCGAAUCAUUCAGCAAGACAGCUUCCCACAGAAUAUAAGCAUAAAAAUAAUUAGAUUAAAUAACUACAACAAGGUCCUUUGUCCAUACAUAGCUAGUCUAAUGAUUUAAAAAAUUUCUGCAAACAGUUCUUGAAUACUACCAAAAUUUGUAUUUUGCAAUAAUAUUUAGUGAUUCUAAAGCUAUCUGCUGUACACUGGAGGCCUAAACAAAUGAGUAAACAUAUUGAUGACCCGUUUCUGCCCCUUGGAAAAUAGAAGUCAGUAUGGAGGUGGAGAAGACAAGAAGAACUGUGCAAUAGUUAUUUAUUUGAUAUUGGAGGUAUCAGUAGUUUACACAUAACCCUGAUAUCUCAAUGAUGAGUACACAGGAGACCAAGAGCUUGGUUAUACUAGUCCUCACUGAAAGAAAUUGAGCUCUCUAGAUAAUCUCUCCAGAAUCUGGGGCAGGGAAUAUUCAAGAUUUUUUUUUUUAUUGUGCCAUAAAACAAGGGCUCAUACUGACAAUAGGAAGCCAUUGCUAAAUACAGAAAAAGUGAUGGAAUACAAAAGUCACUACUCGUAGUCUUCACAGUAAUAAGUGAUUCAGGCAAGAAUCAGCAAACACUAAGACAAAAACUAAUGGGGUAGUUACAAAAUACAGAGAUCUCCCCAUAAAAUACUAAUUUCAAAGACAAAACAGGAACGGAGAAACCUGGCAGUCACCAGUUUAUUCAAGUGAUCAAAACUAGGAUCACCGAUGAAGCCAACACAUUUCCUGUUGUGACACAUCAUUCAUGGAUUACUCGGGCCACACACACUUACCUUGUAUCUAAUCAUGAAGACUCAAACCCAAAUUUAGGGAUGUUCUUCAAAAUAACUAGCCUGUACUCUUCAGCAAUGUCCACUUCAUGAAAGACCAAAAAGCUAUGGUACUGAUCCAGAUUGAAGACAAACAUGUAAACUAAAUUGCAGGAUGUGGACAAUCUAGAUCAGAUCCUAAAACAGUGCUGUGCACAUAUGGGGCAGUUGUCUAAUUUGAAUAAACUAGAAUAGGAAAUAUCAUCAACACAUAGUGGUCCUAUAAUGUGUUUAGAAUUUCUCCUCCUUGGCCUUGGUGGGCCUUCAUGACCCCACAGUUCACUGGCUGAGGCAGAAGGGGUAUCUUCCAAGGACAAAUAGAAAAGGCCACAGUAUUUGUGUGAGCUUUCCUCAGGAAAGCUUUGUGGCUUUGGGCCACAGUGUGAUGUCCAGUUACUGUGAAGUCAGUGCUGCAGAUGCCACAUGAUAGACUUUCUGAAAAAUACCAAAACGUCUGGAGCUGCCACGUGGGAAUUGAGUGCACCAUAGCUUUGAGCAAUGAGUGUGGGGCUGUGGCAAGCCAGCCAUGGGCCGUGUGUGUGUGUGAACUAUAGAAAAGAGUACACAGGAGAGCACACAAAGUGGACUGAAACAAAGUUGCCCCUCUGUUUUGGGGGCUUUGCUCUGGUCUUUUCACUUGUUCUGCCAUGACCCCCACAUAGCUAAUGAGAUGGUUGUGGCCUUCCUAGAUGUCAGUCAACCUGCUGACAGCAAGACCUCCUGAAGCUAGACUCAACCCUGAAACCUGACCCCUUGCCUCAUUUGAAUGGCUUCUCCCCAAUAGAAGGGUUUAGCAUGUGCUGGUUCUCUUUGGUCUUUCUCGCCUGCCUUCUCCCCCACCCCUUGUGGGAGCUGCAACUGAGGAGCGGUCACUGAACCCAAAGAAAAGGUACUUUCUGUGUCUGUCUUUAUUAUUCCCCAAAUUCACUUGGAGUGACACUAACCUGUUUAGUCGUGUGAUGCAACACCAAAAUGUGGGGAGCCACUCUGGACAGGAACUUUGUACACACCUUUAAGUCCAGCGUAAAGAGGUACUGAACUGGUAUUGCACCCACUGCUCUGCAAUUGGACCUUACCUCCACUCGGAUAAGAGAGGUGCAACUCCAGGAGUGGGCAUCCCUGAUGGGGCUGGAUUACACCCACUAUUUGUUGUAACCGUACCCCUUGCCUCAUUUGAAUCGCUUCUCCCCAAUAAAACUCGGGUUUGAGGCAUACUCCCUCUCUUUCUUGCCUGCCUUGCCCACCUUUUGGGAGCUGUGGCUGAGGAGCGGUCACUGAACCCAAAGAAAAAGGUACUUUCUGUCAGUGUCUUUAUUUAGUCAGCCCAAAUUCACUAGGAGUGACUCUGAUUUAGUCUUGUGUCCCCCACGUCAAAAAGAGUUCUUUCAGCUCAGACACUCGACAUGUGGACCAACAGGUCUGACUGCAGUUAUGCUAGACCCAAAAAAUAUAUGGAAUUCUUUGUGUAAUUCUUGAAUCUUUUGUAUUCAUAAAGGUUUUUAAAGCAUAUUUAGAAAUUACAAGAAAAUACUAUUACCUUUAAAAGUAUCAAGAUCAUAUAUAUAUAUACGUGUGUAUGUAUGUAGAUGUGCAUACCCAUAUACACAUGAUCAUACAAAUCUUGUCUCUGAACAUUUUUCUAAACAUAUUCUGGGUAUCUACCAAUGUCAGUAAUCAUAAAUUUACCUUCUGUGACUUCCUUGUGCACAGUAUGCCACUGCAGGAGUGCACAAUCCAAUCGAUGGAUGGAAAGUUUGCUGUUACCUACAGUGAACAUUCUCUUAUGGACCCCUGUAGCACAGGUUUACAUGCCAUGAGGUAAAGUAACAAAACUAAGAUUUUGCUGAAAGAGACUGUCCUUUAUGCAUUAUUUGGUUUCACAGCUUUGGUAAAACUGCUAAUAGUUUACUGUAAACAAGUUUUUGAAGUUAAACAAAAAUCAUCCCACUGCCCCCUGCCAGGGUAAGCCACUGUUAGCCUGUUGAUGCAUGUUCUUCUGCACAUUCUCCUCAUACCCACAAUCACCUUCAGUGACACACAUUUCCACUGACUGGAUCACACCAGGGAGGCUGUAACCUUUCCCAUUAAUAACCUGUGUUCUUUUCAUGUCCUCGUCUUUAACGGCUGCAACUAACACACAAGAUUUAUCCAAACCAUUUAUUACUGCCCUACUUUAAAAAACUCAGGAUAUCUUUGUGAACAAUCUGUUAGUAAAAAGGGCUCUCUGGUACAUACUGGCCACCCAGUCUUCAAAGCUUACGUUGUUCAUUCAGGUGAGCGCGCUACCACUUGAGCCACAUCCCCAGCCCACGUUGUUCACUCAUAGUGACAAGUGCACACAGAAUGCUGUGGAAAUGUGGAAAUGGAAAUCCACUGAACUCAUUGCACUUAAUAAAAAUUUGCCGGCUAUGGUUUGAACAUGUCCCCUAGAAUCUGUGUUGAAAUCUUAAUCCCUAAUACAAGUGGUGAGGGGAGCCUUUAGGAGGUGAUCGAGUCACAAACAUACCCAAGCUGUUAUGUCCUGGGAGUGGCCCACAUCCCCUCUCCUACCCUCCCUACUGCUGAGAGGAUGCACUCAGAAGCCCUCGCCACAUGCUGGUCCCUGGAUCUUGGAUUUCCCAGACUCCAGAACUCUAAGGAAUCUGUUCCUUAUCAAUUACCCAGUCUCAGGAAUCCUGUAGAGCAGAAAGAAGAGACUAAACCACUGCCAAAGCCUCGGGGCCCCGAUCAAGAACUACACAGAAACAGGAACUGACCUAAGCCUGGACGGAAAUAAUGAGAAGAAGCCAAUUAAGAAUUCAAGUUUAUUUAGAAACUUUUUGUCAUCAGUAACUACUUUUCAAGGAGUUAAGAGUCAAGCUCUACCUUGAUAAAUUAGUGCCCCACACUUCCAAUCAUGUAAAUUGUCAUGUGUUGUUAGAUUAAAUUAAAAGCAUUUUUUAGUCUAUAAAAUACAAAUGACACUAAAAUUUAUAUUGUACAAAACUGACACACUGAACAAAGAACUGAGGCUGGGUGUCGGAGGGGGGCACUCGUGAGGCUGUCUACAUUUGUCCUGUGGAUGGUGAUAUUAAAUAACGCUCUGUACUUCAAUAAUUCUGGAAACUGUUAUUAAGGCUACUUAUAGGAGUCCUUAUGCAUAUAAAUUUAUGAAUUUAGGACAGGGACCCACUUUUCAAAUAAAUUUUUCUCCUAUUGGAGCCAACCACAGCUCUGCAUGGCAGAGAUCUGGGGAGAAGGUCUUCCCAUGUGGAAGUUACACUUUAGUUGACAUCAAAUUUUGUCAAUCAUCAUUCUUUUAUCAAAGUCCUACCCAUAAUCCAUUCAUGAAUCUCUUUCCUAGAAGACUAUCAAACAUCAAGAUUCUUUGUCACAAAUGGUGACACUUUGGAACGCUGGUUUAAACACUGAUCGUAUCUAUAGAAGUGUUUCUUCAUCUGCGAACUCUGACAUUUGUAAAGAAUUUAUUGCCUGAGUCCUUAAAAUGGCAUUUUAGAGAGCUGCUUUCCUGUGAAAGCUUCUGUUCUGAAGGAGCCACCUGAGGGCUACACCACCUUGUCUCCUCUACAGACUCCCUCCAGCGUGGACCCUCUGGUGGUAGACAAGGUGCGACCUCUGGCUGAAGCCCUUGCAGCAGACGUGGCAGAUGUACGGCCUCUCGCCCGUGUGGACCCUCUGGUGCGUGUGGAAGUGGGAGGCCUGGCUGAAGCCCUUCCCGCACUGUUGGCAGGUGUAAGGCUUCUCCCCCGUGUGCACCCUCUGGUGGGCGCUGAGCCCUGCGCUCCAGCUGAACUCCUUCCCGCACUCCUCGCACUUAAAGGGCUUCUCCCCGGUGUGGAUUAUCUGGUGGACUUGGAGGUUUGACCUCUGGCUGAAGGCCUUACCGCAGGUGUCACAUUUGUAGGGCUUCUCUCCAGUGUGGACUCUCUGGUGGGCCUGCAGGUGCGAGGCCUGGCUGAACCGCUUCUGACACGCCACACACUUGAAGGGCUUUUCCCCAGUGUGCACGCUCUGGUGGGCCUGAAGGUUGGAGGCCUGGCUGAAGCCCUUGCCACACUCCUCACACUUAUAGGGCUUCUCUCCGGUGUGGACGCGCUGAUGAUUGUGCAGGUUCAGGCUCCAGUUGAAGCGCUUCCCACACACCUCGCACUUGUACGGCUUCUCUCCAGUGUGCACCCGCUGGUGGGCCUGGAAAUACGAGCUCUGGCUGAAGCCCUUCCCACACACGUUGCAGCGGAAUGGCUUCUCCCCGGUGUGGACCCGCUGGUGGCUCUGGAAACUUGAGGCUGAGCUGAAGCCCUUGCCGCACUCGUCGCAUUUGUACGGCUUCUCCCCGGUGUGGACGCGCCGAUGGCUGUGGAGAUUGAAGCUCAGACUGAAGCACUUGCCGCACUGCUCGCACCUGUACGGCUUUUCCUCCGUGUGCACCCGCUGGUGGGUGUGAAGGUUGGAGCUACAGCUGAAGCGCUUCCCGCAGUCCCCGCAUUUAUAUGGCUUCUCCCCUGUGUGGAUCCUCUCAUGGGCCUGGAGGUGGGACCUCUGGGUGAAGCCCUUCCCGCACACCUCACACUUGUACGGCUUCUCCCCGGUGUGGACCCGGCAGUGGAUGUUGAGGUCCGUGCUGCGGCUGAAGCCCUUCCCGCAGCUCUCACACCGGUAGGGCUUCUCUCCCGUGUGGAUAGGCAAAUGGGCGUACAGGUGUGAGCUCUGGUUAAAGCUCUUGCCACACUCGGGGCAAGUGUAGGGCUUCUCCCCAGUGUGGACUCGCUGAUGGGUCUGCAGGUUGGAGCUCUGGCUGAAACCCUUGCCACACUCAUGGCACCAGUAGCGCUUCUUUCCCGUGCGAACGGUCUGCAGUGCAGGAACACCCGAGGGGUCGGCCCCAUGAACGCUCCGUGCCAGAGGCUUCUUUCCAAAGAGAACCUGCUGACGCCCAGGACUGGGACUGUCCCUGGAGGCUUCCUCAUGUCCAGCAGUCUGGUGAGUUUUCCGCCCUGGGUGAACGCUAUGCUCGGUCAGAGGGGAAGUCUUCGCUCUGUCCUGCCCCGCAUCACUGUGGUGGUGUGAACUGCAACUGAAAAUGUCAACAUGGGGGGCAAAUAAACACAGUUUGCUUUUCA